GAUCCUGGAAUUUGAGAACCCCCAUGUUACCAGCAACAACAAAGGCACGGGGUGUGAGUUUGAGCUGUGGGAUUGUGGCGGUGAUCCAAAGUUCGAGUCUUGCUGGCCAGCCCUGAUGAAGGACUCUCAUGGAGUGGUGAUCAUAUUCAAUGCUGACAUCCCAAGCCACCUGAAAGAAAUUGAAAUGUGGUAUUCCUGCUUUGUCCAGCAGCAGCUAUUACAGGAUACUCAGUGUCUCUUAAUUGCACACCACAAACCAGGCUCUGGAAGCGAUAGAGGAAGCCUGUCUUUGCGUAAGGAGACUGGAAUUUCUCCUUUCUUUUGA